AUGUCUUCCAAGCUUGACCAGAGUCUCGAAGAGAUUGCCGGCACUCGCCGCAACGACGCUCGUCGCACUCGCCGCUCCAACAAGCCCAGAGUCUCUACCGGAGGUGUCGCCAAGAACACCGCUCCCACAAAGCCCGCCGGUCGUCAACCUAAGGCUCACAACGCCGCUGCCGCCCUCGCUGGUGCCGCUCUUCCCGCUACUGGAGAAAGCAAGAUCAUUGUCAGCAACCUGCCUUCCGAUGUUACGGAGCAGCAGAUUAAGGAAUACUUCUCACAGAGCGUUGGACCCGUCAAGAAGGUCCUCCUCAACUACAACAAGAACGGCCGUAGUGUGGGCGUCGCCACCAUCAUCUUCUCCCAGGCACAUCACGCAGCCGAAGCUGCCAAGAAGCUCGACUCCGUCAAGGUCGACGGCAAGCCCAUGAAGAUCGAGGUCAUCCUUGGUGCUAAGUUCGCCCCCACUCCUUCUGCACCCAAGUCUCUCGGUGACCGUAUCCAGGCACCAAAGGCAAAGAAGGAGAACAACAAGCCCAAAUCAGCUGCCGCAGCACCCAAGCCUGCCGCCGCUGCUGGUGGUGCUACCAAGGCCGCCGGUCGUGCUGGUCGCAAGGCUGGUCGUGCUGGCCGUCCCAAGCCCAAGACCGUCGAGGAACUUGAUGCUGAGAUGAGCGAGUACUUCGACCCCAACGCUGUCGCACCUGCCGCCAACACUAACGGCGCACCUGCACCCGCCGCAACUCCCGCUACUGGCGAUGCCACCAUGGAGGACGAGAUCAUGUAA